CAAUUAAUUCUUCAGACCAGCAAUAAUGGUGGCAUCAUCAUUUGCCAUAGACCUCAAUCUUUUCCCCUUCCACAAAACCGAUGACACACCAAUUAGAGAAGUUCACACCGAUGAUGAUUAUGAUGACGAUGAUGAUGAUGGGGAGGAAGAAGACGAUUGUUCGUUUGGAAAAGAGGUUGAUGAUCAUAUGAUCAGUGGGGAUCAUUUAAGCAGGAUAAACAACGAAAACAAGAAGCUAAAGGAGAUGCUUAAGAUCGUAUGGGAGAACUACAACUCUCUUCAAACGCAUGUCAAGAAACUAAUGCAAGAAAAACAAGUAUUGGAAUCGAAUCCAAAGAAAAGAAAGCUCGAUGAGACAGUUCAACAAAGCUUGUGGAAGACACAGAAUUGGAACUUGGAAUCACCAAGGAAUACUGGGGUUCGAAGAGUUUAUAUACCAACAGAUCCAUCUGAUAAAAGCCUGGUAGUGAAGGAUGGAUAUCAAUGGAGGAAAUAUGGACAAAAGGUGACUAGAGACAACCCAUCUCCUAGAGCUUAUUAUAAGUGCUCUUCUUCACCAACAUGCCCAGUCAAGAAGAAGGUGCAAAGAAGUGCGGAUGAUCCUGGUGUAGUAGUUGCGACCUAUGAAGGUGAGCACAACCACAGAAGCACAAAGGAAGAGGCUGCGUAUGCCCUAGCCAAUGAACAUAAGAUUUCAAGUAGUGAAAGAAGGUCAAACUCCCCAAGAUUUGAUGAGGUUUUGGUGAAAAAAAUGGCUACUUUUUUAGGAAAAGAUCCUGAUUUCACUGCAGAACUUGCUGCUGCCAUUUCCUCCAAGAUUUUGGAAGUCGAUAUGUUCUAAGUAUGGUAAUCCAAUUCUAUUUGAAC